AUGCAGAUAUUUAACGCGUGCCUACGUUUUGGGCAUAACCCGGAAUACUUCCAGCAAUCGACUACUGUAGUACUGUACAAAAUACUGCUCCGGGACUAUUGUCUCGCUAAAUCCUACCGAUCUAUAGCGCUCCUGAAUGCCCUCGGUAAGAUCCUAGAGGCUGUAACUACAGGGUCCCCUAUAUUGCCGAUCCUAUUCCUCCUAUUUAAUACCCCCCUCAUUCGCGCCCUAUCGAUCGACGGUAUUGAGACCCUUCGGAUUCAGCCACCCCUCUUAGAGGGAAGCAAGACGGUCUCCUACGGGUGGAUUGACGAUGUUACUACCCAGGCCAUCUCAGAUAGCUACGCGGUCAACCAGCGCCUUCUGGAAAGGGCCCUAGACAAGGCUGCGGUAUGGUCAAGGCAGCAUUCGUUCAAAUUCGCUCCCGAUAAGUUCGAACUCAUUUAUUUCAAGAACCUGUUUCGCCCUGACCCUGCGGUAGAACGACCCGUACCGCAGGGGAAGGACCCAGAGGUCGACAACUGGGAUCCCCCAGUGGAACCCCCUGGUCACUACCAGCUGCCCAUCAAGGACCACGCAACCGGCUUUAUUAUCAAGCCAGUGGAGCACGCCAAAUACCUAAGAAUCUGGCUCGAUAGGACCCUUUCGUUUGACACUCACAGGACUAAGGCCCUUGCUAAGGCGAACGGGACUUUGGAAGCCCUCCGCAGCAUCUCAGGCUCGAUCUGGGGGACCUCCCUGCUGAGCAUGCGCCGCAUCUACCUGGAAGUGGUAGUCCCCCAGCUGCUCUAUAGGGCGGCUGCCUGGUAUAGCCCUACGAGCCGGACGGUCAACUACAAAAAGCUCCAGAAGACGGUCAAUAAAUUCCAGAGGAUUCAAACCCGCGUAGCUGUUCUUAUCAGUGGCGCGUUUUGUAAUACAGAGAUGAUUGGAGCUGCCGCGGUCUUUAUUCGAGCAGGAAGGACCGCCAGAAAAUACCUAGGAACGGAACUAGACUCUAUGGUCUACGUAGGGGAGUUAGAAGGGGCCCGAAUAGCCCUGGAUCGGGCGAAGCUUAUCCCGAUUACGGUCUUCUCAGAUAGCCAGGGAGCUAUUCAAGCUGUGCGCAACCCUGGCCGGCUAUCGGGCUCAGACGAGAACUGUGCGUCUGUCGCUGCUAAAUACGGCAUCAGCCUAGAGCAGUUUUACGAUUGGAAUCCCGCCGUUUCACACGACUGCGUGGAUGGAUUCUGGAAGGACGAAGCAUAUUGUGUCGGUGUAGGCAAGCCGCUGUUGCCGCCGGGACUCUGGGACCCUUCUUUACUGAGUCCAUCGUCCUUUCCCAACAUGUCGGAUCUCACGGAUUUACCUGCUGAACUCCUCGAUGAAAUUCUUUCCCUCGCCUUUGGCGUCGCUCCACGAUACUACAACGGCUAUAACGAUGAAGGAGCCUUUGAUAUCAAAGCCUUAAGCCGUCUCCUUCUCGUCAAUCAAAAACACUACCUGGCGUUCAUCCCACUCGUCUACUCCCACUGGACCUACAAUGGGACGCGACACAGCUACAGCGGACUGUGGAAGUUUCUUCGCACUGCAAUCAGAAAUUACGAUCUCGCAUCCAUUGUGCAGACGUUGAACGUCGGUAACUGGGCCGUCUGCCCUUCAUUCUACCUUGAGAGGAACCGCGAGCUCCAGGAUCAAGAUGAGCGGUUGCAAUUUACACUUGAUGACGAGGAGACCGUCAAAAUUGCGCUUCGUCGUGCACAGAUGCCAGGAGAUCAUUCAUCUCAGAUCAUUCAUCUCAGAUCAUUCAUCUCAGAUCAUUCAUCUCAGAUCUUUGAUGCAAUCUUUGUCGACCGCAAUGAAUAUCAGAGCCGCGACCGGCGGCCUUUAAUGGCGCUUCUCCUGACCUGCCUCCCUUGUGUGUCGAGAAUAUAUAUGCAUGUAUCUGCAUCAAACCCGUUCCUAGGAGCUGUUUUACAGACAGCAAUAGGUCGGCAACGGGCCGGCUCAGGUGAACAGUCGACCUGGCUACCCAGCUUGAAGGAAUUCCACGCUCUCGGUGAAGUCCCCGGGUAUCUUGAGGCAAGCCCCGAGUGGUCGGAUGACGAUAUCAACAACCCUUCCCUGAAAUUGGACGAUAUAUGGCCUAUUUUCUAUCUGCAAGGCCUACGCACAGUCCGCCUGUAUGGCUUGGACCCGAAUGGACUCAAUCAGCUGUUCCAGGAGAAAAUGCAAGGCAAUGAAUACGGAUACGGUGCCAUAUCGAGCACCUUCACAUCGCCACACAGCGACGAUCCAAGCCUCUCUUUCUCCUGGGAUGACGACAAGGCCAAGACCAAGGACAAUAUCAACGGCAAGAGACGCAAUGUCUGGCAGAUAUCUAAUAAUGAAGUCUGGACCGCCAUCCUGAAAUAUAAGGGGACUUUGGAAUAUCUGGACGUCUUCCAUGACUUUUCACCAGAACCACGCAAGCGCCGACAAACGGAUUACUUUGGUCCUCUCACCGAAUUUACGCAAUUGCGCUACCUUUCAAUUCUGGCAGAGAUGCUCAUCGGUGGCUACGUUCAGGGCUCGGUAGCUCCAUUUCGAUUAAAGGAAGCACUGCCAGCCAGCAUGGAAACCCUGGUUUUUGCAGCAAAAGAUGCCGGAAAGACAAUCCCUGACCUUCCGUUCCAGGUCGAGGAAGUCGUGUCGCAAUUUCCUCGUCUGAAGAUCCUUGAGUUUACAGAUGCCUGGGUAGUAAGUAGAUAUUUUCCCCGAGGAACCACGCCGGCCAAAUACCAGCCGCUCAAAGAAGCUUGCUUUCGUAAUGACAUCCAAUUCGGUAUUCAAGUCAUCUGCAAGUCCACGUUCCAAUUGCAACAUUGCCCUUUUCCUCUGGGGGUCCGGUGCCUGAGUCGGUGGAAGGAAACAUACAAUAUGCGAACUGACGCCCGUUUGAGAAAUGGGAAAAUGCGCAAACGAGCUGCACGCAAAGCAGCAGGACUUCGAGAAACUCCAUCGCCUGAACCACCUAAGAGAUACUAUGGGUCAGUCGAGAUACACGUCCUCCCAUUUACGGACCACGGUGGAAAUCCAUCCUUCACGGUCUUUGAGAGCCAGGAGGACAUUCUACUCCCCCCUCUGACAAAUCUCAGCAUCUACUUCACCCAUCCCGAGGGCCCACUACCUGAGACUGAGGACUUUGAAGAUGAUCUCCGAGCUAUGCACGCGCAGAUUAGGACCGACGGUUUCGAUGACGACAACUACCGACUCGAAGUCUACUUUCUACCAAACGCCAGUAAUGAGGACUGCAUCGCACACUAUCAAGCCGAAAAAGCUAUUCGCGAGAAUUCCAUGGACAUGCUUCUUGAGGCUGAGAUCAGACUUGAUACGGACUUCCCACCACCAGCCACCCCGCGACCACCAGGCAUGCUCGAGAUCUACGAUUCCGACCUCAGUGUAGUGUUGUUCGUCCAUCCCGAUCGUAGUUGGAGAAGCGGCGCGCAGCGCAUGUGCUAUAUCAGUUGUAGUCUUGGCUUUGAGCUUGGACAGGGCUUUGACGAAAAGUGGUAUGGAUUUGGCCAUCCUACGGAUCAGUCUUUGGGCGAGUUUGUCUGCGAUCUUACUCGCGAGUAUUGGCAUGACACUCAUGGUAUAUAUCAGAAUGCUGCGGAGAGGGGGUGGAUAACCUGGUGA